CAGUAGGCUAAAUAGCCAAGUGCGUAAACGUCCAAAGAGAGAAGGAGAGAGAAAGAGGAGAGAGAAGCCACAGGACAGAAGAGCUCUGUCUUGCGGAGCUCCACCACUGUUCCAACGGCCUCCUUUGCUUUCUUUGUGCUUUAUCUCUCUUCAAGCAGCUUGAUGUCCCCCUGGACUGGAUCCACGUGAUCCGGUCACGUCGAAAAGGAAUUCCCUGCUGAAAUAGAAGCCUCAUUGACAACUUUAAUUACAAUCCCGGGAAGCUUCUCUUCUGAUUUCACAGAGUAUGCUUUGGUGAAUCAAGAUAUUGACUUCAAACUUCAGGUUUCUCAUCUGUUGGAAAAGGGUUUUUGAAACAAUGUGCCCGAAGGCCGGAAAGUUGAAAUUUGUGAGCUGAAAUUGUGAUUAUUGUUCGAGGUGGUUGAGGAGCGGGAUAUUGGUAUGGCUGUUGCCAGGAGCAACAGCAGCAGUGCAGCAUCAACGUGGCCGUGCAAUUGUUACAAAGUCGCAAGCUUGACUUCCUCCAUUUUAGAUGCAAACGAGACUUCAAAUCUAAAAGAUCGGUACAUUCUAGGAGAGCAGUUAGGUUGGGGGCAGUUUGGUGUUAUCAGGGUGUGCACUGAUAAGUUGACCGGAGAGGUCUUGGCAUGUAAAUCAAUUGCUAAAGAUCGAUUAGUGACCUCAGACGAUGUGCGAGGCAUUAAACUUGAGAUUGAAAUUAUGACCAGGUUAUCUGGGCACCCAAAUGUUGUAGAUCUCAAGGCGGUGUAUGAAGAGGAAGAGUAUGUCCAUUUGGUGAUGGAGCUUUGCGCAGGAGGAGAGCUUUUCCACCAGUUAGAGAAGCACGGUCGAUUCUCCAAGUCUGAUGCCAGGGUUCUCUUUAGGCAUCUGAUUCAGGUAGUUCUAUAUUGUCACGAAAAUGGGGUUGUUCACAGAGAUUUGAAACCAGAGAACAUCCUAUUGGCCACAAAAGCCUCCUCGUCUCCAAUCAAGUUGGCAGAUUUUGGUCUUGCAACCUACAUCAAGCCUGGGCAGAGUUUGCAUGGGUUAGUUGGUAGUCCGUUUUAUAUAGCUCCUGAGGUACUUGCAGGUAGCUAUAACCAGGCUGCAGAUGUGUGGAGUGCGGGCGUUAUUCUCUACAUUCUUCUUAGUGGAAUGCCGCCAUUUUGGGGGAAGACAAAAUCACGGAUAUUUGAUGCUGUUAGGACAGCUGACCUGAAAUUCCCAUCUGAUCCCUGGGAUCGCAUUACUGGAUCAGCUAAGGAUUUGAUUAGAGCAAUGCUCUGUAAAGAUCCUUCACAAAGGCUCACUGCUCAGCAGGUUUUAGAUCAUCCUUGGAUGAGGGUUAAUGAACCAUAUCCUAAACAGCCGAGUCAAUGUGAAAAUGGAGGCCGUGGAGAAUGUGAUGUAGCCGGCAGCUCAUUCUGUACUAUGUCCAGGAGUCAAGACAUCAGCUUUGGCACUGCAUCACAUAAUGCAUGUGAUGCCCAAUCACCUACAUUUACUUGUAGGUCAUCUUUUUCUGCUCUCAUGGUGGAACCAUUUACUCCCCACUUAGCAUCCGGCGGGUUUUCAUUCUGCAGCGAUGGUGAUUCUAAGUUGGAAUUCUCCUCCCCCAUUCCCUCAAUGCCAAGCUUUGCAUUCUUCAGCCCUGGUUCUUUGGUUGAGGAAGGUAGUUGUGCGAUAGAGUUUUCAGCCAGCAUAUCCAGAGUAGACGCAAUUCAUGGAGGUUCCCUUUCGUUCAGACUUGAAACGAGACAAAUGGUUAACAAACCAGCCGAAGCUAAAAGGACAGGUGGAACAAGGACGUCAGCCAUUCACAACAAGAGAAACCGUACAAUUGGACUUGGUGAGCACGAGCAACUAGAUUUCAUGGUGACCGAGUCAAUCAUUCGUUGGUCAUCAUGCACAAAUCUUCCUACAUCUCUGAGAUCUUCUCUUGUCUGUUGACCGUGUGGACCUGAAGCAGUAAAAGAUAAGGCGGAUGGCCCCGAUGCCCAUGUGAAGUCCAAAGUCUUUCACUCGUGCAUAGUAUCAAGCGCAUAUGUUACAGUUUGACUGAUUCCUACUGCUUAGUGCCACUCUUUUCUGUAAUUUCGACUCCAAGUAGCUGGUGGUAUGAUCAGAGAUAUAUAGGAAGAGCGACAGAUGGAGGUGGAGGGUUCCGAUGAAGUUUUCUGUAAGCUAAUGUAUUGUAUCGUUCGUGUCUCUGUUUCCGUUCGUCUGAUUUAUGAUGUUUAGUACCAUUUUUCAUGUUGGUAGUAGCUAGGAAGAGUGCUAAAUGAUGUAUGCCUAAUGAGCUUCUGCCCUUUUGUAUAAAGUAAUUGUUCACAGCAUUGCUUUCCAAGUCUUGUGAUA